ACUUAAUCCCGGAAUGCCCGGUGAUGAGGAUUACGCAUACAAUACUACGCAGGCAGGUCGUGCCGUCCGGUGCAUUACCUGAAUCCGGACAAGCAUGGAUCUAUAUAACCCUCCAACAAUUUCGUCAUUUUCAGCUCGGAUUGCAACAGCUCCUUUCCCCUCCCAGCGAUCACCGGAAGACCACGGGUGCUGAUAUCGAAAGCAUGGCCCCACCCAAGUCCGCUUCUCCACUUCUCUCGGAGCCGGUACCCCAAGACGACACAGCAGUCUGGAGUCUCCGACACAUCCAGUUCCUACGGUCUUGGACUGCCCGGCCAGCGCCAGUGCCGUAUCCGCCGAUCUCUUCCAUUCCUCACACCUCUGCCGCUCGACUUUCCGAACCAGACGUCUCGCCGACCCCGUUCCCAAGCGAGCCGGUCCUCGCCAAGGCGUUCCACCAAGAUGCGACCGCACAGCCCAAGACAAUCCUCUACCUCGCCUAUGGCUCCAACAUGUGCGCCAAGACGUUUCUUGGCAUGCGCGGCAUCCGUCCGCUGAGCCAGGUCAACGUCUCGGCACCGUCGCUCGACUUGACCUUUGACCUCCCGGGCCGACCCUACAGCGAACCGUGCUUCGCCAACACGGCGCUGCGCAAGCUCCCCGGCAAGCCGCCGAAGCUGCCGCCAGACCUGCCGAACCCCCCUAUCAAGCCGCCGGUUACACAGGAUGGAGAGGGAGAGGGAGCCGCACGGCCGAGGCGUCGCGAUCCGGUCUGGAACAAGGGGCUCUACGGCGUGGUCUACGAGGUGACGACCGAGGACUACGCGCGAAUCGUCGCCACUGAAGGCGGCGGCGCAGGCUACCACGACAUUCUCGUGCCGUGCAUCGUCCUGCCGCCGAGCGUGCGCGUGCCCGAGAAGCCCACCAUCCCCGUCCCUCUGAAACCUUUCCUCGCCCACACCCUCUACGCCCCGCGGCUCCCCGAAACCCCCGACAACGACGGAGAGGGCAACAACAACAACAACAGCGGCGACAAUGACAACAACCCCGGCGGCGAGCACGAUCGCGCCCUCCCCCUCCCCGCCUGGCUCCGCCGCCUGCUCCGCCUCCAGCACCGGCCGUCGCCCAACUACGCCCAGCCGUCGGCGCGCUACCUCAACCUCCUGCGCGACGGCGCCCGCGAGCACGACCUGCCCGCCGACUACCAGGCCUACCUGGGCGCGCUGAGGGCCUACACGAUCACGACGUGGCGGCAGCGGGUCGGGCAGGUGGUGUUCACGGUGGGGUGGCUGCCGAUGAUGCUGCUGAUGGUGGUGGCGAUGCGGGCGUUCGCGGACGAGCGCGGGCGGGCGCCCGGCUGGGUGGUGGCUGCCGUGACGGUGCUGAUGAAUCUGAUCUGGCUGAGCUACGACCUGGUUGGGAAGAGGCUUUUUGGGGAUGGGGAGAGGACUAUGGAGGAGGAGAAGGUGAAGAGCGGGGGUAUGGGAAAGGAGAGUAUGAGCGGGAGGGGCAGGAGGAGGUCUAGUUUUGCGAGCGGGCUGCGAGGGAAGGAGGAGGCUGCUGAUGAGGAGAAGGUAGCGUUGUUGAAGGACUAUUGAUGGGCGUGGCCGGCCGAUGCUUGCGAGUUUAUCUGUUGGUGGUUGCGAUGGAGGAAAGGCGCCAUUUGACGGCCUCGGAUGAAGUGCAGUGUUGCAAUGCCGGGGCGAAGUCCUGUUGGGUCGGCUUCAGCUUCAGCUUCGUCUCAUCCCA